CAUCAAGGGAAAAACUCUUCAUCUCUUUUGUGUAUUAUUCAACUUUGAGCAAUCAUUGCUUGACUUGUAUUCAUGGGGUCUGCCAUUAAUUUGCACGUUUGUUAACUUAAAAUAAUGCUUCUUCUAUAUAGAUCCCCUCAAAAGCAAGGACUCUGAAGCGGGAACUGAAAAUCAGAGAAGAUAUAUGUUAUAGAGCAAGAAACUGGGUUUUGGCGUAUAUACUUGCUUGAUUCGGUUGUUGGUUCUCUUCUCUUGGAUCAAUUGGUGAUCACUCUCAUUGCUAUCAGGGAAAGGAUCAGGAGCAGAUAUUUUGUGUGCCAGAAUCUUGGAUCAUUUUGAGGCUUUCGAUAAAGCAAGCCUUUUAGCUGGGGGUUCUGAAUUUCCUGCCAUGGAGCAACAGAAAUGGAUUGUUACAGUUGUGUUAGCCUUCAUCGUGGCAAUGUUGCCUUUCACUUUUCGAAUCCUGGAAUCGCAUCAAGUUCAGCAUUUAUACAUGGGGGAACUGACAAACAUGAUAUUUGGCAAGCUGGGAGGCUGGGCUUCCAGUAACCACCACGACCUUAGCAUAGACAAGGCUGCAAGUAAAGUCAUUGGGCCAAACUUAACAGCGUGCCAUCCAUCUUAUGGUCGUCCAGAUCUUCUUGUUUACUGUUGCCCUGCCGGAUUUGAAACGCCAGGGCCCUUUGUCGAUUUCCAGUUUCCUGAUCCUAAAUCACCUCUACGAGUGCGGAGGCCAGCCCACCUUUUGGACGAGAACUACAUCGCCAAAUAUAAUAAGGCCUUGUCGAUCAUGAAGUCCCUCCCAUAUGAUGAUCCUCGAAAUUUUGUCCGUCAAGCCAACUUGCACUGUCUCUUUUGCACUGGAGCCUACGAGCAACAAAACUCCGAUACUCCUCUCAAUAUUCACAGAACGUGGUUAUUCUUUCCCUGGCACCGCAUGAUGAUCUACUUCCACGAACGCAUCAUUGGUAGUCUAGUUGGAGAUGACACCUUUGCUUUGCCCGUUUGGACUUGGGACAUCCCAGAAGGAAUGAUGAUUCCAGAUUUUUAUGUGAACAGAAGCUUAACUUUCUUUCAUUCAGAGCGUGAUUUUUCACAUUUUCCACCACAGAUGGCAGAUUUAAACUAUGUUUCUGACAGAAAUUUAAGUCCUGAAGACCAAUUAGACACAAACUUGGCAUUUAUGUAUAGCCAAAUGGUAUCUGGUGCAAGGAAGACAGAAUUGUUCAUGGGAUGCACGUAUAAAGCCAACGAGGGGUAUUGUAAUGCGCCUGGCACUGUAGAGAGUGCUCCUCACAACACUUUGCACACAUGGAUUGGCAGCAAUUUGAAUCCUGGAAGGGAAGAUAUGGGCAAGUUUUACUCAGCAGCAAAAGACCCCAUUUUCUAUGCACAUCAUUCCAAUAUUGAUCGGCUUUGGGAGGUUUGGAGGGAGAUUCAUAACCAUCAAUUGGACAUCAAAGAUCCAGAUUGGCUUGACUCUUUUUGUUUGUUUUACGAUGAGAACUUGAAGCUGGUAAAGAUCAAGGUUCGUGAUGUUCUUGAUAUUACCAAACUUGGUUAUUCUUACGAGGAGGUUGACCGUCCUUGGCUGGAAAAACGCCCCUCACCUUCAGUUCCGCCAAAAUUCGCUCGUCAGAUAUUAAAAUUGAAAGAGAAUGAGAAACAAUUUCAAUUGUCAGGCAACCAUGUUUCAUCAUCUGAUUUCGGGUCCCAAGGUCGAGCUCUAGACACUAGCUUGACAAUAAAGGUUAACAGAUCUAAAGAUCAUUCGAUAAAGAGGGAGAAAGAAGAGGAAGAAACCAUAGUUGUGCAUGGAAUUGAAGUGAAAGGAGACGCAUAUGUUAAGUUCGAUGUGUAUGUAAAUUUGAUUGACGAGACAAUAAUCAGUCCAAAGUUCAGGGAAUUCGCAGGGACCUUUGCUCACAUCCCUGGUGGUGGAGAGAUGAUGAAGAGGAAGAUCAAUCUUAAACUGGGGGUGUCAGAACUAUUGAAAGAUUUGGAAGCCGAUCAAGAUGAAAGCAUCUGGGUAACACUGUUACCAAGGACAACAAGUUGUAGCAAUGUCACAAUUGAAGGGAUACAAAUUGAGUACAUCAAAUAAUCCAUGAAAAUUAUUUCAUGUCUCCUUUACUUUGGAGAUCUUAUUGUAGCCAAUAUAAAAGAGAUGACUAAGGAUUUAUUAUUAUUAUUAUUAUAUUAUGCAAA